CCCAUUUCUUGGUCGUCCUCUAGGUCUAGGCUAGCUAGGGAUCCAUGAGUGCUAGCAACUCUGGGGGCAGCAUGGAAUGGGGAAGGGGAAGAGCAUCUGGCUCCAGGAAGGGCAAAAGAGCCGGCAACAACAGCUCUGACAAGCCGAGGCAGCCGCAGCGAGGCCUCGGCGUGGCGCAGCUGGAGAAGAUCAGGAUACAAAGUGAGAUGGCCGAGUCCUUGCACCACCCUCUUGGCCAGCCACCUCUUAUCCAUAGAACUGGUAGCUUCAAUUUGGAAGAUGUGCGAUUGUCUCACUCGCUGCCAUCGUCUCCAUCCUCCUCCUUCCAUGCUAAUAUCAGUGUUUCGUCGUCCUACCCAAUUCAUCGUCCAAAUCUUGCGAUGGCAUAUGGAGAGAGAGGAGACAUAAGAUAUGGUGAAUUCCAAACGGAUCCCAUCAUCAGGUGCGUCCAUGCAUGCAUGUACAAGAUCACCUUACUACCAUGGCGCUAUCUACGGUUCAGAAGCACACGAUUACUCCCAUCAGAGCAACGUCACAUUGCCUCUCUUCGAAACUGAGGAAUCCAUUUCCUUGAAGAGACAGUACGAUCUAAAUCAAUCGGUAGACUCGCCGAACUUAGAUGAUCAACAAGAGGUGGAUCUUGAGCUCAAGCUAUGAUCCAAAAUAUGCCUUCUGUGGCUCUACCUUGCAGUUAAGUUCCCUGGUUAUUUCUGCCACAAGAACUAAAGACUUUCAGUCUUGCGUGUAAUGCAUGCACAUCGAUCAUAAGAAAAAAAGAUAUGCAUAUGCGCAAUUCUUUAAGACACGGUGUGUCGGUGUGUAAUUGAGUUACUGAACUGAACUGAUCAAGUACCGGGAUUUGGUGAUAUGCUGGCUAGCUAGUUGAUAUGUACAUUGUGUAUACUUUGGUAGCAUAGAAUUAGUUCUUUUUCACCGUGAUGUUGCAAGUAUGUAUACUCAUCCGCAUUAUAUUGCUGAGUUCAGAAGAGAGUAGUGGUGCAAGUCUAUAUCUCUGGCACGUACUGCCAUUACUUCAGAAUUUUGCUGAUGCGAAAUCAGAACAAAGGAGAAGACCAUAGGUCUAGCUAGUGCUGAUGGUUAAUGCUCCAUGUAUGUUUGACACCAUGGAAAGUUGGCAUGCAUGAAGCAGGUUGUGCGUGCUCAUUGCAUAUUUUGAUGGCCAUGCUCUCUGUUAACUGUGGGCUUGCCUGUUUUAUUUUUGA